AUGACAGAUGAAUCUCAGAAUCACACAGUUCAUCCGGAAAGCUUGAAUUUGAGAAAAAACAAGAAAACUCCAGCUGCCUACUAUAAAGAACUUCAUAAAGCACAAUCUCCUUUCUUGCCUUCAAAUCUCAAUGUAACAUGGAUUCAGAAAUGGAAUGAUUAUCUCUCAACCGCUAAUUCAUCUCUAUCUCCCUACUAUUUACAACGAUCAUCUUCUCUUCUUGGUUCAGUUCAUAGGAAUCCAUCCUUUUUAUGGCCAAUAUGUACGAACCAUUUGGUUAGAAAUAAGUCGAAUUGUACCAACAGCUUGAAAUCCCAGCAUUGUGGAGAUACCAAUCAAGAGAAGGCAAACAAACCAAGGUUUCGAAGAAGUAGAACCACGUUUACCGCAGAGCAACUGCACGCCUUAGAGAAAGUCUUCGCUGAAAUUCAGUAUCCUUCUGUUAGCGUGAGAGAACGUCUUGCAGCUGACAUUAAACUGCCAGAAGCUAGAGUUCAGGUCUGGUUUUCCAACCGCAGAGCAAAAUGGCGACGCGAGAAUCAGAUUAAGAAAAUCCAGCUUUCUCAAAGAAUUGCCCUCGGUCAGAUGUCGAAUUCGACAACUAGAAAAAUGACAACAUGCUCUUCAAAGCCAUCCGACGUUCUGCAGUCUCAACAUUUUCUAGACAAUUCUCAACCAAUUUGUGAAGUUCUACCAAGAAUGUUUUAUGUACAUCCAAUUAUGAGUUUGAAUUGAGUUGCACUGAAUUUUCAUGCGUACCUAAGACAUUCAGAUAUUUUUGGAAUUUUCGCUAUUGUUAUUAAUGUUCUCAAAUUUACAGGUCAACUCAAUACACUGACUUUGCAAUGACGCUACAUUUAAUAUACUCAAUUGUUACACACACUUGCAUGAAUAUAUUAAAAAAUGACAGAUGUUUUCUAUUUUCUAUGCGCAUUAAAAAUAUAAACAGCGUUUAUUCUUUAAAACUUUAUUUCCUUCUCUUUUUCCAAAAUCCAAUCGCUCAUUAAAUAUUGGAUUAGUUUACGCUUUUGAACAAAACUUAAAAUCCUUAAGAUAUAAAAUAUUUAAUUCCUGAAUGAAAUGAACUGUUAAAUAAAGCAAAGCUUUCUAGUGAGUAAAAAAAAAAUAAUUUUUUAAACAAGAAGAGUCUCAAAUAGCCCUCCAUAACACAUAACAUUAGAAUGUCCUGUUCAAACCAUAAUGUUUAACGCCUCACCGAGGAUAUCCUGAACACCUUGAUUCUUUUAGAUGCCCUGAAUAUUUUGUAAUUUAAGAUUCUAUAGAUGUUUUAUGUAAGUCCUUGUGUCUCGGAAUAUGCGAAGAUAUCUUGAAGAUGUUGAUUUUUUGAUGUUUUGAGAUUCUGUAGGAUAUGAGUAUUGAAUUUUCAGGAGGACUUCUAUCCUUUCGUCUGACAUUUUGAGUAUGUUUGUAAGCAGUUCAUCUAGCAAUUUUAGUUUUUUGAUCUGGUAAAUUAUUCUUUUUUUAAUUAUUUAUAUACAUUUUGCUUUUUUCUAAGAGUUACUUCCUGAACUCUAUUUAGGAAUAAUAUACAUAGUGCUCAGCAAAGUUGGAUAUCACACCGUUGAUUUCGAAUUCUGAGGAGAAAAUUACAUUAAUAAACAUACAGAGUCUAUGAGAAAUAAGGAAUCUAGAAAUCUGUCUGUCGGGGUGAAAAUACUGUCAUGAUAUCGGUGGUACGUAAGCAGAGAGACAAAAUCCUCGGAUUCCGUCGCCCUCUUUCCGAGGCAUUCUGCAUGAAAGCUAAGAUUAGUUUUUCGUUUGGUUUGGUUGAUUCGAUUAUGCACUCAACGGCUAUCUGCCAAAGAGGAGGAAUGCUUUCGUGGAGAACUUGUUAAUAGAAACUGGCUCGUAUAUACAUUUCACAUGGGAAAAACCACGAAAACGUCCAUGCUGCCAGGCCGUCCUCUGAGAUUCGAACCACGGACCGAACUACUAGUGUUCGGCGACUUUAACGCUCGGUCACUGGUAGGCCACUAACAUGAAGAUUAGUAUAUACUAAGCAUAUACUUGCCAUAAUUAAAUAUCCUAGUCUUGUCUUUUGGAUGUAAUACAUUAUUCAAUCUCUCUUGCUUCCAAAAAAAUCCUAAUGUCUCCACAGUGGCACCCGAACUAAAAAAGGGUGGUGGAGGAUGAA